GAUUUUUUGAAGAAAAGCCCAGGCCCAUAGGGAGCUCAGCACUUCUACAUGAAUUAGCAAUCAAGAAAAUGCUCCAAAGACAUGAGCACAGGUCAGUCUGAUGGUGGCAGUUUUUCAGUUGAUCCCCUGGAACUGGAGUUACAGACAGUUGUGACCUGCCAUGUUGGGUCCUGGGAAUUGAACCUCAGUCCUCUGGAAGAGCAGCACCGCUUGGAACAAGAGGCUGAGAAGAGGAUAGUAAUCUUGGCAGAGAGAGCCCACCAUGAAGCUGUGGUACAGUUGAAUUCUGCUGGAAGAAAUGUUUUUAAAGAGAAUGUUUAUCUUCACAAGGCGCUUACAUACCACUUGAAGGAAGCUGAAGCUCGGCAGAAAAGCUCUAAGAAGUUACAAGAAAGUCAUUCCUGCCUUUUACAACAAAAGGAAAUCAAUGAGCUGUUGAUAAAGGAAAAGAUUAUGCAACUCACCCAGCAGAAAUCACAAAUCCAAACUCUUCAGAAGAAGGUGAUAAGCUUGGAGAAUGCUCUGACUUUUAUGACUACAGAGUUUGAGGCUGAAGUUUUGAAACUGCAGCAAAAGUCAAUAAUAGAGAAUGAAGCAGGUCGGAUAGAAAUCGACAAGCUGCAGCAACUUCUUCAGAUGAAGGACAGGGAAAUGAAUCGAAUGAAGAAGCUGGCUAAGAACAUACUGGAUGAGAGAACAGAAGUGGAACAGUUCUUUCUAGAUGCUCUGUACCAAGUGAAACAACAGAUUCUGUUCAACAGGAAACAUUAUAAGCAGAUUGCACAAGCUGCUUUCAAUUUAAAAAUGAGAGCAGCAGGUUCGGGAAAAACAGAAUACCCCAAAAUCAGGACCUUUGCUGGCAAAGAACACAGUACCAAUAGUGUGACUCAGGAUCUCAUGGAGGCUGAAAAAUGGCCAACUAAUCUAAAAAAUGUGGAUAUUGGAGAUUUGACCUGGGAGCAAAAGGAAAAAGUCUUAAGAUUGCUCUUUGCAAAAAUGAAUGGUUUUGCUGCUAGGUAA